GCCACCCAAACCUCCCAUUUCUUGCUGCUGCUUCCCUGCCUUAUCCAUUCUCUCGCGCGCCUUUCUCAUCCCAUUCCGCUCGAGGCACAAGCGAGGAGAAACAAGAGGAAAAUGGCGGCCACUCUCACCUCCGCGCUCUUCCUCGUCUCCUCCUACUCCACCAACUCCUCUGCCGCCCCCUCCCCGGCACUCAAGUUCCCUUCCCAACCCUUAUCCCUCCGCUCCCACCGCCGCGCCGCCUUCCUCCGCCCGCCCGCCGCCGUCUCCCCCAAGGUCGAGGAGGUCGGCAACCUCAUAUGCAACCUCACCCUCGAGGAAGCCCGCGGCCUCGUCGACCACCUCCAGGACCGCCUCGGCGUCUCGGCCGCCGCCUUCGCCCCCGCCGCGGUGGCCGUCGCCCCGGGAGCCGCCGCCGACGCGGCGGGCAGUGCCCCCGCCGCGGUCGAGGAGAAGACCGAGUUCGACGUGGUCAUCGAGGAUGUCCCGAGCAACGCCAGGAUCGCCACCAUCAAGGUGGUCCGGGCGCUGACCAACCUGGCGCUCAAGGAGGCCAAGGACCUGAUCGAGGGCCUGCCGAAGAAGUUCAAGGAGGGCGUGUCGAAGGAGGAGGCGGAGGAGGCCAAGAAGCAGCUGGAGGAAGUCGGGGCGAAGAUCUCCGUCGUGUGAGCUCGGGUUCGAAAGAGAGGACGCCAAGUAUUCGAUGGUUGGCUUUGCGCAAUUUACGCUUCUCCUCCACUGCUGUGUUCAAAAUUUUCGACCUUGCCAAUCGAUCCUUGGGAACUUUUUUUGUUUUUUUAAUGGAAUUCAAGUCGUGUCUCGUUAAGCACGUUUAAUUGUUCUCCUUAGUGCUGACAUGGUGAUAAUUGCUCAAUUUGCUUGUAAUUGUCUCUAGUGACUUUUUUUUUUA